AUGGAGAAGUUUGAAUUAUUCGAUUUGGGAUUUGAGGGAACAACAAUUAGAGAUUGCCUAAGGUUUCGGAAAGAGAAUAUCAGCAACGCAAUAGUUUUUGAUGAUAAUGGCAUUUAUGGAUCCACAUAUUGUGGAUACUCUAGUUUGAGGAAUAGUAAAUAUGUCAAGGAUUGCAUCCUAAACAAGGGAAGCGGUGAAUCAAAGCUUUUACUUGAAGCAUUUCCUGCAAUAUUCCGCCCCACAGACAAGCAUAUUGUGGAGCUCGAGAAAACAGGGAUGAUGGAGUUUCUUAGACUCAUAAAGGUACAGAAACACUUUUAUAUUGACUCAUCUGGGAAGGUGUACAAAAUACCCUAUACCAAAACCGAGGUUGCAGAUUCGGAUUUUCUGAGCCUUAAGGAAAAAAACUUAAUUGGAAGUUUGUUUAAAGGUAGUCUGAGUCUUGAGGAGGUUUACAGAAAAUUGUCCAGAAAAACAAGAGAGGUUCUUGUAAAUGGAAUCGCUGGUGAGAACAGAGAUUGCUCAGAAAGAAUAUAUAGAUAUGCAAGGAACUUUGGAAAUGUUCCUUUUCUAUAUCCCGAAUACGGCCUCAAGGAAAUAUCUGAAAUGUUCUCAAGAUGUAACUCGAUGUGUGGUGCAGGAUAUGUUCUUGACAAUACACUGGUAGUUACUGUCAGAGACGAGGGGUCAUCAGAUGCAUUUUCCCUAAAGCAAAAAGAUAGCGAAAUAGUUCCAUCAGAGUAUAUGUACAAAAUCGACACUGCCUACGGUACGGUUUUUACGAAGAGCAUUAUAAAGGCCGAGCACAAGGAACAAGUGAGUUACAUAAGAGCCGUUAAUACCAGAAGGCCUAUACUUGGAAAAACCUUUUUUGCAUUUGUGCAAAGGAAGUCUGUAAUGAAGGUAAUUGGAUUAAAUUCAGACACCGAAUGCUGUCCAGAAGGAACUUAUCUUACAUACAUCAUUAAAUCAGAUAGCCCUGUCACAGAAGAAGACAUGAAGCCUUUGGGAAUAGAGGAGAAAGAUGUAGUCGAGGAUAUUUCUUAUCAAACAAAAUUCUCAUUUGAAUUUGACUCCUUAGAUAUGUGA